CUCCGCUCCACUCACCACAACUACUGCACACCCGCACACCCGCACACCCGCACACCUGCAAGGAUCACACCACACAUCCACCCCUACCACAGGCCACGGCCGUCCAGUCAUGUCGCGCCCAGAACACUUGGCACCGCCAGAGGUGUAUUACAACGAUGUGGAAGCAUCCAAGUACACCUCAUCCACCCGCGUACGCCACAUCCAAGCCACCAUGGCAGAGAGGGCGAUGGAGCUGCUGGCUAUGCCCGCAUUCCUCCAGCAAGGCGGCGGUCUGCUGCUCGACAUCGGCUGCGGCUCCGGCUUGAGCGGCGAGGUGAUCCAAGAAGCGGGUCACGAGUGGGUGGGCGUGGACAUCAGCCCCAGCAUGCUCGACGUGGCGCUGCAAGAAGAGUCGCAAGGCGAUCUGCUGCUGGGCGAUGUGGGCGAAGGUUUGGCCUUCAGACCGGGCAUGUUCGAUGGCGCCAUCAGCAUAUCUGUCCUGCAAUGGCUGCUCAAUGCAGACAAGAUCGACGCUUCCCCCAUUGCCCGCCUCUCCAGCUUCUUCACCACCCUACACGCAGCGCUGCGCAACGGUGCUAGAGCCGUCUUGCAAUUCUAUCCAGAGUCCGAUGAGCAGGUGCGCCUGUGCAUGCAAGCAGCCACCAGAGCAGGUUUCGGUGGAGGUCUCGUCGUCGACUAUCCGAACUCCAAAAAGGCAAAAAAGCUCUUUCUGGUCUUGUGGGUGGGAGGCGUCAUGCUGCCCCCUCCCGGCUACGCCGGAGCUGUGGACACGAUGCAAGAGCAGCAACUACCCAGAGGCUUGGUCGGAGAGCACGAGGAUCCUGAUGUCGUCCAUGGCCAGCAGCAAGUCAAAAGUUCGGGCAGGAGACAGAUCAAAGGGGGCAAGGCAGACAAGAAGAGCAAAAGCAGGGACAAGGGCAAGGAUUGGAUCUUAAGGAAAAAGGAUCUUUAUAGAAAGCGCGGCAAAGAGGAUGUGCCCACUGACUCCAAGUAUACUGGGCGGAAGAGAAAGACGGCCUUUUAAUAUGCAAUCCGCCUUUCGCGCUCCUUGCCGUGCACAGCUUUCAUCAUGUAAAAUACCAUACACGCUUUCGCGCAUCUUUACUCUCCGACCGUAGUCCGCACCAUGCCAUAUUGUGUGCUUUUGAG